AUGGCUGUCUCGAAUCUCAUAGUGUCCUGCACUAUCUUCGCCCUGAUCCCGAUCAAGAUAUAUGUCAAUUUUCGACAGGUGGUUCUCUCAGAACAGCAUGAAGGUGCUAAGCUCUUAAUACUCCUUCAGAAGGAUGGUACCCUACAUCUAAUGACAAUAUUAUUCAUCGACAUCACAAGACUGGCAGUCCUGAACAGUCAGACGGUCGUAGGAUCGAUGACAUAUAUAGUGGAAGCAUUUAUCAGCAUCCUGGUAUCAAGAUUCAUCCUCGACGCUCGUACUGUCUAUGCCCAGGAUCAGGGCGAAACGACAUUGGGCGAUCAAACGACACUCCAGUUCGCCAAUAGACAGGAUGACAUGUCCGAUAGCGCUGAAGAGUACAAUAGCCAAUCCAGGAUCUCCACAAUCCGCAUUGGGUUCGAACCGUCUCAAUUUGGGCAAGAGACUCUCGUGUCUAGAGUUCAUAUCAGAAAUGCCAUUCAGAGUAUAAAAGACUCGCUGGCAGAGGAUGAGGACCCCGGCAUAUUUGUGUAG